AUGUCGUCAAUUGUUGUAACAGGUCAAAUUAGUUCUCUUUUAGACAAGAUGGAUUCAACUGACAGAGAUUUGAGAUUUAUGGCCAUAAAUGAUUUAAUUAAUCUUCUGGAAAGGCCUGUAAAUUCAGAUAACGAUAGUAAUAAAAAUAAUGGAUCUUCUAAUAACACACAAUAUUUAUCUGUGGCAACUGUUAUUGAUAACGUUAUGUAUGCAAAAAUGAUUGAUAAAUGUGUAAAGUGUGUGAAGGAUAAGAUUGGAGAGGUCCAAUCACAAUCCAUAAAAUUUCUUGUGGUACUCGUUUCACACAUGAGAGAACAGAAUUUAUUUGAUAGAAUAUUUAUACCAUUAGUAAGAGAUAUUGAUACAUGUGAGGAAUGUACAAGAGAUGCCGUUAUCACAGCUCUUAAAAGUUCAGUAAAAGAAGCCAUCAAACAACCAAUGUCGGAAGAUACAAAACUUUUGUCAGUUCUUAAAACUAUUUUACCAAUUUUAAAAGGAUAUGUUGAAAGUGAAAAGUUUUCACACUCAUAUAAUUUUAAAGUUGAUAUACUUGACAUUAUUAUAUUAAUUAUUAGAAAAAUUGAAGCAUGUUCUGAGGUCAACUCACUUCUUUCUUUAUUUUUUAAUUUAUUAGAAAAUGGGAAACUAAGUAUGAGAAAGUUAGCUAUUGUAGCUAUUAGCGCAUCUUGUGAAUCAAUAUCACAAGAUACUUUUGAUGAUCUAAUGAAUAAAAUACACCAACUUCUUAUUAAUACUUCAGUAUCAGAAAGUCUUAGAAUUUAUGUCUGUUCUGUAGUUGCAAUUUGUAAACAAAAUCCACGUCUUUUUGGAGAUAAGGUUGAAACGUUUAUCAAUUUGUUUAUAAAACUUAUAGAUGAACAAGAUGAUGAUGAACUGAAGGAAUCUAUUAUAACUGCUUUCGAUGUAUUUAUUUCUCGUUGUGCAAGACAAAUGACAGUAUUUAUGGAAGAUAUUAGUCAAUUAUGUAUUAAAUAUAUAAAACACGAUCCUAAUUAUCAUCAUGAUGUCAAUGGUGAUAGUAUGGAGACAGAAGAUGAAGAUGAUUUGACUGAAGAGUCAGAUGAAAACUAUUCUGACGAUGAAGACUAUUCAUGGAAAGUAAGAAAAUCUUCAGCAAGGUGUAUCACAACAAUUUGUUCUUGUAAUAAAGAAGGGCUGGCUGAAAACAUAUCGAAAUUCUUACCUGUUCUUAUCUCUAGAAUAAAAGAAAGAGAAGAAAGCGUCAGAGUAGAGAUAUUUAACUCUUUGAUAAAUAUUUUUAAUAAUAUUCAUAUAUCAUUGUCACCUGAUUUGGUAUUAUAUUUACAAUCUGAUACUACAAAGCACAAAAUUUAUUAUUCUAUAGACUAUGAUAGAUUAGAUCAAAAUGAGGUACAAAUUGUAAAACAAUCAUUAGAAAAAAUUGAAAGCUUAGUUGGAAAUAUUUUAAGAUUUUUAAGGACUAGACAUAUUAAAACCAAACAGGCAUGUUUUGUAUUGUUGAAAACUUUAUUUAUAGCUAUACCGGGGUCAUUAUCAAUGUAUUUAAAAGAUUUGAUUAUUGCUGGAAUCAAUGUUUUAAAUGAGAAAAAUGUGGAUAUGAAUUUUAAAGUUGAAGUGUUAACAUUUAUCACUACAGGAAUGCAAUAUUCAACGUUAGAUUCUAUUGCUUUAACCUUUGAUACAUUAAUGCCUUUCUUGGCAUCUGUAAUUAAUGAUGGUUAUUUUAAAGUCAUUUCUGAAGUUAUAAUGGUUUCAUCAUAUGUUAUUGAAGCACUUAGUCUUAUGAAGCAAACCAACAACGAGUAUAUAAAAACACAAGCAUUUAUAAAUAAUGUAAAUAAAAUUGGUGAUUAUAUCUUUCAAAUACUCAAAAUUAAUGCUUUAGACCAUGAAAUUAAAGAGAAAGUUAUAAGAGCAUCUGGUGUGCUUGUAGCAACAUUAGGUGAUUUAAUUGAAAACAAAACUAAUGAAAUCUUACAAUACUACAUAGAUAACUUAAAUAACGAUUCAUCCAAACUUACAAUUUUACAAUCACUAACAAUUAUAAUCAAAUCGUCUAUAAAAGUUGAUUUACUUCCUUUUCUACCGAAGACAUUAGUUUAUACAGCUGAUUUUUUAAAGAAAAAUGAUCGCAAUUUAAAAAUUGUCACCCUUAAUUUUCUAGUACCAUUAACUGGAAAAUUUAAAAAUAAUGGGAUGCAAGGGCAAGGUCUUAUAAAUACUGUUCGAAGAAUUCCAGAACUUAUUAAUGAUAGCGACUUUUUGAUUUCUAGGUUGGCUUUUAAAUUUAUGACUGGUGCUAUUUCUUACUAUCCGGACCAAAUAUCAGAGGGGCUUGAAUCUCUCAUAAAUUCAUAUGUUCAAAAAAGCAAAUCUAAUUUAAUGCAAGGACAAACUGUUACCGCAGCUUUAAAUAUGAUUAGUGCUAUUGUUAAAGCUCCAUUAGCUAAUAAGCCAACAAAUGAAGAAUUAUUAUCAGCAAUUUCAAUGGCUGUUUAUAAUGAUGAAUUAUUAAGCAAACAGGCUUUAUAUACAAUAUCAAAAGGUGUUGCUACUGUACUUAAAGCAAAUGGAUCUGUCGAGUAUGCAGUAUCUGUUGUUAAUACCCUUACAAAUCAUUUAAAUGAUUCUAAUUGUAAACCACAAAUUCAACAAUUUGUCAUUCUUACAUAUGGAGAAAUUGGAAGAUUAUUUCCAGAAGUAUUUUAUUCUCCAUAUAUUGAAAAAAAACCUGAAGAAAUUCUUUUGGGUGCUUUAGAAAGUUCAAAUGAAGAUGUAAAAAAUUCUGCAUCCAUUUCAAUUGGACAUUAUGUAAUUGGUAAUAUAACAAACAGUUUAGAUUUCCUAUUUUCAUCACUAGAAAAAUAUAAGAAUAAACAAUAUUUAUUACUUCAUUCUUUAAAAGAAGUAAUAACUAGUAAAGAAAUGAAUGACAAAACAGUGUUAGCAUUUCGAUCAAAAAUUCCAACUAUUUGGAAUGUUUUGACAGAUCAUUCAAAAUGUGGAGAAGAAGGAACUAGAAAUGUUGUUGCUGAAUGUAUGGGAAGAUUAGCAGUUAUUAUACCAUCAGAGUUUAUACCAAAAUUAAUAGAUUUAGGAAAUACUGGUGUAAUUGAAAUGAUAACUACAUCUAUGACAGCUGUAAGAUAUAUUUUAUCUUUUAAAAACAUUAAUAUUGAUGAAUUUCUUCUACCAGUAUUUGAAGAUAUUCUUAAUAAAUUACAAAACCACUCUGAUACUUCUGUUAAAAGGCAUGCCAUUUUAACUUUUAAUGCUGCUGUCAAUAAUAGAUGUAGAAUUGUCAAACCAUUUCUUUCCAGAUUACUACCACUUCUUUAUGCUGAAACUGAUGUUGAUGAAGCUUAUAUUGAAACUAUUGAAAUGGGUCCAUUUAAGCAUAAAAUUGAUAAGCGUAUCGAAAUUAGAAAGGCAACAUUUGAAUGUAUGUAUGCUCUUGCAACGAAUUGUAUAGAUUCUAUUAAUGUAUUUGAGUUUCUUAGUUAUUUUGAGAAGGGACUUACUGAUGAACAUGAAAUAAAAAUGUUAGCUUAUUUGAUGAUAAUACGUUUUAUUAAUCUUUGUCCUAAUGAACUUAAACAACGUAUUCAAUUUUUUGCCCCAUUGAUUCGGACUGAAAUUCAAUAUAAGAUAAAGGAGAAUGCUUCAGAUGCUGAGAAAUUAAAAGAUGAAGAGAUAAAGAAAUGUGCUCUUCGAGCAGUUUAUGCUAUUCGUAAUGCUUCAGGAUUUGAAACUUGUAAGGUUAUUGAAGAUAUAAGGAAGUUGAUCAUUGAAAAUCAACACUUGAUAACUAUGUAUGAAAGUGUAACAAGAGAGACAGGACAAAGUGUUUACAUUUCUGAAUCUACAAUGGAAACUGACUAA